AUGGUAGUCAAAAUAGAGACAUUAUCUAGUGGAACUGAAGUGGCAGUAAAGGUUCUGGAUUUGGAAAAUGAGGAAGUAUGCAACAGGGCCUUUGUUCUACAAUUUGUGCCCAAAGGAAGUCUUGAGAAUUGGAUGUGCAGAGAAUAUUGCCACCUCAACCUUCUAAUAAGAGUAACUAUAAUGCUUGAUGUGGCUAUGACAAUUGAAUAUCUACAUCAUGGUCAUAACACUUUGAUAGUUCAUUGUGACCUAAAGCUAGCCAAUGUUCUUUUGGAUGAAGAAAUGGCGGCACAUGUUGGUGACUUUGGCAUCUCUAAAACUUUGGUCGUAAGCAAGUCCAUGGCAUAUGUCGAGACAUUGGCACUCUUGGUUACAUAG